UGUCUUUUCCAAGUAGGAGAGAGGUGCCUAAAUAGGAAAGAGCGUCAUCGCUUCCUUCCUUCCUUUUGCUCCCCUGAGAAAAGCUAUGACUGAACUGAAAGCAAAGACGGGACUUGAAGGAACUGGUUUGGAAUUGCCAAAAAAUCGUUAUGGAAACUUGAAGAGCGCUUCAGCUGAUCAAAAUUUGAAACAAACUCUUACAGAUAUCAAGACAUCCAAAACUCCUGCGGUCAUCAAUUACGGUGCAUCUUGGUGUGGUGUUUGCAGCCAAAUUCUCCCAUCAUUUUGUAAGCUGAGUAACAACUUUCCAAAGCUUUCAUUCAUCUAUGCAGACAUUGAUGAAUGCCCAGAAACUACUCUGCAUAUUAGGUAUACACCUACCUUUCAUUUUUAUAGAGAUGGUGAAAGAGUAGAUGAGAUGUUUGGUGCUGGAGAAGAACGGCUUCAUGAUCGGUUAUGGCUGCACUCUUGAGUAUAUUGAUUCUAUCGAUCUUUAAGUAUUCAAAAUUAUAUUCAUAUUCACCUAUAAAGAACAUUCGUAGUUCUUGACUUUCUUUUUUAUAAUUAAAUUGUGUCAAUGAGAGAGUUAGCUUUGAAUUCGUUUA